AAAGAAGCCCGUUUCCUCAUUCCUUCUGUUCAGCAAAGAAGCAAGGAAAACCCGAUGCAGGAGCGACCAGAAAUGAACAAUUCCACCCUCAAUGCACUGAUUUCAGUGAAAUGGAAGGAACUGAAUGAGGAAGAGACACAGGUCUGGAAUUCAAAAGCAGUUGAAGCCAUGGAAGCAUACAGGAAAGAAUUGGAAGAGUACAACAAGCCUGCAGCAUCCGUGGUGAUGGAAGCUAGGAGCAACCUUUCCUCCUCCUCUAGCUUCUUUUCUGAAGCCUCCUUGAUUCUGUUGACAAAAUGUUCCAACCUCAUUGAAAGGCUUGAUUGCAAAAAGAAUUCCUCUAGCCUAUUGCUACACGGCGCCACCCUAGAGGAGUCUUGUUCGGCUUGUUCACAUUUGCUCAAGAAGUAUUUGAUUGAGUUGUUCGAUGGCAAGAAUGACUUUGCUUUAUGGCAAAGCACUAUGAAGGAUGUCCUUACUUGUCAAGGACUUGAUACAGCCCUAGAAGAGACCAAGCCUGCUGAGGUGACGCAAGUAAUGAAUGCUAGGGAUAUUCUAGAAGAAGAGAAGAAAGCUUUGCUUUUCCUUGCAUCCUUACCUAAGUCUUACAAGUCCCUAGUGCAAAGUAUGCUGGUGGGUAAGACUGCUUUGGUGAGGAAAGAUGCCACAACCAUGGUAUUGGAGAAUAAUAAGUUUCUUAAGGAGGAUGAUGGUGCCAAUCAAAAUAAUACUUUGGUGAUGGAGCAAUCUUGGGGAAGAUCCUAUGGACGUGGAGAAUGGUGCAAAGUCUACAAAGGUGGAAGACUUGUUCUAUGUGCAAGGAAGAACAAGUACAACAUCUAUGUGCUUAAGCAACAUCCUGAGAGAGGGCUUAACAAGACCAUGAGAAAGAUGUUGUGGAAGCCUAAAGGGAUCAUGGUAGAUGACAAGGAAAUUAAUAAGACUAAGAAGAAGGUGAGCUUAAAAAAUGAAGUGAUGUUUGAUGUUGGUUUAAGGAGAAAUUCCAACCCCAGUCUGGGUUUCUCCUCUUCUGCUUAUAUUUCGUUGUCAGCCUCUCUCGCUGACCCGAAAACAAGGAAAUGCCGCAACCUCCGCAAGCAGACCCUUUCCCGGAGUCCCGACUCAAAUCCGACGCUGGAGCAGCCUUUGUUCUCGAAUCAAAAGGUGAAGGAUAGUAACGAUGGGAAGUGGUGGCAUGCCGGCUUUCAUUUGACGACGGCAAUAGUGGGGCCGACGGUGUUGACAUUAUCGUACGUGUUCAGGGGAUUGGGAUGGGGCCUGGGUUUCUUCUGUUUAACUGCAAUGGGAUGCGUCACCUUCUACUCUUAUUAUCUCCUGUCUAAGGUGCUUGAUCACUGCGAGAAAGCCGGCCGCCGUCACAUCCGCUUCCGCGAGCUCGCCGCUGAUGUUUUAGGGUCUGGAUGGAUGUUUUAUUUCGUAAUAUUCAUUCAAACAGCUAUCAAUACCGGGCUUGGAAUAGGAGCGAUUUUGCUUGCAGGGGAAUGCCUCCAGAUCAUGUACUCAAACCUUGCUCCCAGUGGAUCCUUGAAGCUGUGUGAGUUUAUUGCAAUGGUGACUGUGGUGAUGAUACUUCUGUCUCAAUUUCCAACCUUUCACUCCCUCAGGUACAUCAACCUGGUUUCACUACUUCUGAGCUUAGGCUACACUUUCCUUGUCGUCGGUGCUUGUAUACAUGCAGGUCUCUCUAAAAAUGCCCCUCCCAGAGACUAUUCCCUGGAAGCAUCAAGUUCUGCUAGGGUGUUCAGUGCCUUUACUUCCAUCUCCAUAUUAGCUGCCAUUUUUGGAAAUGGGAUACUCCCUGAAAUACAAGCAACAAUAGCACCACCUGCAACUGGAAAGAUGGUAAAAGGCCUAGCAAUGUGCUAUACUGUAAUUUUCGUCACUUUCUACUUAGCUGCUUUCUCUGGUUAUUGGGCAUUCGGAAACAAAGCUUAUUCAAACAUUCUCAAGAACCUGAUGCUAGAUGAUGGACCUUCCUUAGCCCUAACUAUAGUUGUUGGCCUUGCAGUUGUCUUUGUCCUCUUACAGCUCUUUGCAAUUGGCCUGGUUUAUUCUCAAGUGGCUUAUGAGAUCAUGGAAAAGCAGUCGGCUGAUGUGAAUCAGGGGAUGUUUUCCAAAAGGAACCUUAUUCCUAGGGUAAUCCUCCGAACACUCUACAUGAUAUUCUGUGGAUUUGUGGCAGCAAUGCUUCCUUUCUUUGGAGACAUAAGUGGCGUGGUGGGGGCUAUUGGCUUCAUCCCUCUAGAUUUUGUUCUCCCCAUGCUCCUCUAUAACAUGACCUACAAGCCUCCAAAAUCAUCCUGCACCUACUGGAUUAACAUUUUCAUCAUCAUUGCAUUUACAGGUGUGGGAAUUUUGGGCUCUUUCACUUCUAUUAGGAAAUUAGUUCUCGAUGCCAAAAAUUUCAAGCUCUUUAAUAGUAAGGUAGUUGAUUAAGGAUAUGCAGAUCGAGAACAAGUAGCAGAACCUGCUCUGAAAAUGAACAGAGCAUAUGUAGUCUCUUCGGAUAUACGAAGUGAACCAACCAACUCUCAUACGUACCAUUAGUGUGAAUAAAAAAUUUUGUUGGAU